GUCUUCUCCUGUGGAGUCACUCUUCCCUUGGGUCUCCUAAUAUCAGACUGUUUACCAUACCACCAUAGAAGAUGGAAUCUAAAGUUUCUGAAGGUGGCCUGAAUGUGACCCUCACCAUCCGACUACUGAUGCACGGGAAGGAAGUUGGAAGCAUCAUUGGGAAGAAAGGAGAAACAGUGAAAAAGAUGCGUGAGGAGAGUGGUGCACGAAUCAAUAUUUCUGAGGGAAAUUGUCCAGAGAGAAUUGUCACCAUAACAGGCCCCACUGAUGCCAUCUUCAAGGCUUUCGCCAUGAUUGCUUAUAAAUUUGAGGAGGAUAUAAUCAACUCAAUGAGCAACAGUACAGCUACCAGUAAGCCACCCGUAACGUUAAGGUUGGUCGUGCCUGCAAGCCAGUGUGGGUCACUGAUUGGAAAAGGAGGCUCCAAGAUUAAGGAAAUCAGGGAGUCUACAGGUGCUCAGGUUCAAGUUGCGGGGGACAUGCUGCCCAACUCUACAGAAAGGGCAGUGACCAUUUCAGGGACCCCCGAUGCUAUUAUCCAAUGUGUCAAACAGAUCUGUGUGGUGAUGCUGGAGGUACAGUCUGUAACAAUGGGGUCCCCACCGAAAGGUGCCACCAUUCCCUAUCGCCCAAAGCCCGCCUCCACCCCUGUCAUUUUUGCAGGUGGUCAGGUAAGAGCCGACCCGCUUGCGGCCUCCACUGCCAACCUCAGCCUUUUACUGCAGCACCAGCCGCUGCCCGCCUAUACAAUUCAGGGACAAUACGCUAUUCCACACCCAGAUCAGUUGACCAAGCUCCACCAGUUGGCUAUGCAGCAAACCCCCUUUACUCCCCUUGGACAGACCACCCCCGCUUUCCCUGGAGAAAAGCUGCCCUUACAUUCCUCCGAAGAAGCUCAAAAUCUGAUGGGCCAAUCAUCAGGUUUGGAUGCCAGUCCCCCGGCCAGUACUCAUGAACUCACCAUUCCCAAUGAUCUAAUAGGCUGCAUAAUCGGACGCCAAGGGACCAAAAUCAAUGAAAUUAGACAGAUGUCUGGAGCACAGAUCAAAAUCGCCAAUGCCACAGAAGGUUCAUCAGAACGCCAAAUUACCAUCACAGGAACCCCAGCUAACAUCAGCCUUGCUCAGUACCUCAUCAAUGCCAGGCUGACAUCUGAGGUCACUGGAAUGGGCGCACUCUAAUUUCUGCCAAUCACCCAUCAUUCUGCAUCACAUGACCCUCUCUAGCCAAUGACGCUUCUUCACCCAGCUUCUACAAUGCGUAUACUUACGGCUUCACACACCCCUCUUCUCCUUGGAAACUUUUCUUUAAUAACAAAUAUAUGUAUAUAAAUAAAUAUAUAUAUAUAUGUAUGUAUGUAUGUGUGCACAUACUAAUAAGUUGCUUUAUAAGUUGCAUUCUGUGAUUUUGAUUUUGUUCCUGAAUUUUAAAUUUAUGCUCCAGGCCAGUCUGUGUUUCAGCUGUACAGUGCUAACUAUUUUAUAUAGGUUUUGCCUGGGGUUUCCCUUGGUAAGACUUUGGAAGAAGGUUGGUCUCACUAGUCUUUAUUUAGCUCAGUUUAGCUAAGAUGGUUUUUAUAAUUUUACCUUUUUUUGCAGCACCUGUAGUAGGACUGAGACCUGGCCUCGUCUAGAGCAGUGGUUGCUUUGAAAUAGCUGUUUCUUUUAAUUAUUCAAUUAUUCCUUCCAUCUUUGAACCCUGAUUGUCCUUGGCUCAUCCUUAAAAUGUUUGGAUCUAUGUCCUAAGAAUGUGGCAUGACUUUCUCCCAUUUCAUGUUGGAAGUGGAACAGGCAGGAGCCCAGGAGCAUCAACCGGGUCCUCAUGGGUUCCUGC